UGAAUGCACUGGUGAUUAACACCUGACUGCAUGCAGGUCCUCCCUCACUGUCUUUAAUAUACAGCCUCUGCUCUUACAGGCUGGAAGUAGACUGCAUAGAGACAUGGCACCGUUUCCAGUGUGAGUCUGCUGACACUAGAUCUGAGCCGGCGACAGAACUGUCUGGUUUCAGAAAUGUCUACGUCUCAGCCACGCAUGCUCGUCCACAUCGGGGAUGGAAGAACUUUUUCAAGGGCAAGGUUUCUGUCUUUACUUAACACCUACAACUGCUUUCUGAAGGACAAGACGCAACUGCAGCUCUCGGUCAUUGAGAACCCUGCUGGUCAGGUGGCCCUUGAGGGAUUACUUGUCGUCUCUUGGGGCAUGAAGAGACCAAUCCGCCUCAAAAUCCAGGAUGAGAAACAGAUGGGUGUGCUGGAACACUCCAAGUCUCAGGACUAUUCUCCAGACGCCAUCAGCCCACUCGGAAAUAAGAGGGGAAUGACCCGUUGGAGAGAAUUUGACAAUCUCAAUCACAUUGAUGAACUAGAAGAAAGCGCUCCAGAUGGUUCAGAGACGCUCAGCAAUGCUGGAGACUAUAUUCGAUACGAGAGCCAGACGCUGAGGGUGGCACGACACGAACCUGUGACAGAGAGCUCUGUCCUGUUCCGCACCAGGAGUGACGCCUCUCUGGUGAAGAAGAGAGUGAAGACCAAAGGAGCUGAGGAGAGACAGAGUAACAGAAAACAUCGCUUCUCAAUUAACGGCCAUUUCUAUAACUAUAAGACAUCGAUAUUUACUCCAUUGCAUGGGACGACCACAAACGUCCACAUAAACAGCACGAUGGCGACACAGGAGGUCAUUUGGCAGCUCCUAAAUAAAUUUAAGAUAGAAAAUGAUCCAAAUGAAUUUGCCUUGUAUUGCAUUCAUCAAAGUGGAGAAAGGAAAAAGCUGGGCAGCUCAGACCUUCCACUUUGGGAGCGUUUUCUUCAAGGGCCAUCAGAAGACAUCAUGAAAAUCUUCCUCAUGGACACUGAUGAACAGGAAGUUAGCAUGGACGUAGCACAGUAUGUGAAUUUAGAGCUGCCCAUUCUUCAACGAGUUCUGCGGAAGCUAAACGAGGAGGAGACCAAAGAGGUACAGCGUGUCGUCAACAAGUACAGGCAUGAGCACAGUCUCCUAACACAAUGCCUGAAUUCAAAGUUGACACCGAAGACAGAGACGACGGUGUGAAAGAAAACUCCUGGAAGACUAAAAGCCUGGAAGUGUCUAACUUUAUGGAACUGUACUGUAUAUUUUAAUAAUGCAUUUGUCUUAUUUUCAUUUUCAAUUCUGCCGGUUUAAUUACAAAUGUUAUUAAUAGAUAUUAGUGUAAAUGAGCAGUAACCAGGGAAAAUAUGAGGAAAAAGGCAUCUGAGGGUACUGGAAAAGCUGGGUCCUGUCUGAGAAUGAGUAAUGAGGCUCCAACUGGUGUGUUACCGCAGGGCUUUGGCAGUCGUGCCCUCAGUCUGCUGCUCUAAGUAAAUGCUGAACACAGUAACUCUCCCACAGAAGCUCCAUCAUCAUUACCAUCACCAUCCAAAUCCAACUUUCCAGCUGAAUGUUAUGUGUUUAUUAGCAUGUACAUUUAUGCUUGCGUGCAAAGGCUUGUAUUCCACAGGGUUUCUGGUGGAAAAAAUGAAGAAGAAAUGUAUUUCUACAACAUGAUGAUGAUGAUGAUGAUGAUGAUGAUGAUGAUGAUGAUGAAGAAGAUGAUGACUGUUGUUGCUAUGGUUGUUGGCGUUGUUAAGAAUAUUAUUAAACUUAGAAACUCCCAAGAGUUUAAAAAUGAAAUCAACAACUAUAAUAAGAAUAAGUAUUAGUGGUAUUUUUGUGGGCUAGCUUUGGUUGUGUGUCCUCCAGCAAUGACAGACACACACACAGACACACAGACACACACACACACACACUUUUGCACUUAACUGUUUUGUGGAUGCAUUAAUGAAUGGAGAGUUUAAUGUCAUGCCUUUUUAUUUCUGUAACAUACAUUUAUUUCAGUCUUUUGGUCAUUCAAUAUAUGACAAUAUAAUUUUCCUAAUUUCUAGUAUGAAAAUAAUAAAGCCCUUCCAGAGGGAGCUUUUCUGUAUGAACACAUCAAUAAGGCACAAGCUAUUACAGACAUGUGACAAAUGAAAGGAAAUAUAAUGCUGUGUGAGCAAUUAAUGGAUGAAUUUAUUUAUUUUGCUGGAUGCUUUGGCGCCACAUGUCCGCUUAGAGGGAAAACUGCCAAUGAGUACAAUGCAAUGAAUCGCUUGAUGAAACACAUCCACCCUGGUGAGACUGGACUCUUCUAGCAUGACUCCACCCCCAAACACAGGGUUUACUGAAUUGUAUGAUGAGAAUGAAAAUGAUGUAAAUCAUACAGUAUGCUAUGGCUUUCUUAUUCACCAGAUCUUAACUAACUGAACACCUAUCGAAGAUUUUGGAUUGAGAUGUUGGACAGCGUUCUUCUCCAUUAUCAUCAUCAUCAUUAUCAUCAUCAUCAUCGAAACACCAAUUUAGGGAAUAUAUUUUCUGACGGCGCAUCAUGGCUCCUAACUGAUAUGUUUUCCUUUCAUUUGUCACCUGUUAUUGUAUCUCUAAACACUGUGCAGUUUCCUUCAUGUAAUUGUGAGAGUAAUCUGUGGAUUAUUUGUUGCAA